UCCCUCCCCUCCCUGUAAUUCAUCCUCUCCUCUUCACACAAAAGCUCCACUCUGCAAUUCCCUCGUUCUCUGCCUUUUCCGUCUCUUUCCCUUUCUCUCCGCCUUCAAAAUAAUCUCCAACUUUUCGAACCCAAUCUUAAAUCUCUCUCCGCAAUGGACUCUGCCUCCGAAGAUUGCUCCGAUAACUCUCAACGACCGGACUCACAAAAGGACCAACGAGUCUAUUUCGUUCCUCACAGGUGGUGGAAGGAUGCUCAGGAUUCAAUGCCUGCGGAUUUGGAUAGGAAAAAGGGAAUUGCGUAUGCCUCUUUUCCCGGUUCAUCCUAUGCUGGUCCUAUGAAGAUUAUCAAUACCAUCUUCAACUCAGAUCUUGUAUUCAGCCUUCGGAGGGAGGACGAUUCGCAGCACAUUUGUGAAAAUGGCGAAGUUGGUGUGUCUGGCCGCGACUUUGCUUUGGUAUCGGGGGAUAUGUGGUUGCAGGCACUCAAGUGGCAUAGUGAUUCAAAAAAUGCAAUGAAGGAUGACAAAGGCUUUUCAGCUACCGACAGUGAUAUGGCAGAAGUAUAUCCUUUACAACUCAGGCUUUCUGUUCAGAAGGAGACAAAUUUAGCGACAUUUGGCAUAAGAAUAAGCAAAAAGGACAAUGCAGUUGAGCUCUUUAAAAGAGCCUGCAAAAUGUUCAGUAUGGAUUCAGAGAUGUUACGAAUAUGGGACUAUUCGGGUCAGAUAACCUUGUUUUUUAUGAAUGACAAAAAUCAGGCCCCAGUAGACUGUCAAAGGCAGUCUGAUCAGGAGAUUCUUCUGGAGUUGCAAGUCUAUGGGUUGUCAGACUCAAUUAGAUGUAGGGAUGGGAAAAAAGACGAGAUGCCAACUUUUUCUGGCAGCUCUUCACUGAAGAUGAAUGGCACUGUUGACAGUGCAAGUUCUGAUUGUAUGCAUACCAAUUCUUUGACCUUCUCUUUAGGACCCAGUGAAGCUGGUUCCUUGGGAUUAACUGGUUUACAAAACCUAGGAAAUACUUGCUUCAUGAACAGUGCCCUCCAGUGCUUGACACAUACGCCAAAGCUUGUUGACUAUUUUCUGGAAGAUUAUGGCAGAGAAAUCAAUCAUGAUAACCCAUUGGGCAUGAAUGGUGAGAUAGCUUUGGCAUUUGGAGAUUUGCUUAGGAAGUUAUGGGCUCCUGGAGCAAGUCCUGUGGCACCAAGAUUGUUCAAAUCAAAACUUGCCCGAUUUGCACCUCAGUUCAGUGGGUUUAAUCAGCAUGAUUCCCAAGAACUUCUUGCUUUUUUGUUGGAUGGUCUUCAUGAAGAUCUGAAUCGUGUUAAAUGUAAGCCUUAUAUUGAAGCCAAGGAUGGAGACUGUCGACCAGAUGAAGAGGUUGCUGAUGAAUAUUGGCAUAAUCAUUUGGCUCGCAAUGAUUCUGUCAUUGUUGAUGUGUGCCAAGGUCAAUAUAAAUCAACAUUAGUUUGUCCUGUUUGUAGGAAGGUCUCUGUGACAUUUGAUCCAUUCAUGUAUUUAUCAUUGCCUCUACCAUCAACAACAAUGAGGACAAUGACUUUAACUGUUGCUAGUAGCAGUGGAGGAAUGUCUCAAUUAUCACCAUACACCAUAUCUGUUCCAAAAAAUGGAAGAUUUGAAGAUCUGACCCGUGCUCUUAGCAUUGCAUGUUCUUUGGGGGCUGAUGAGACCUUAUUAGUAGCUGAGGUAUACAACAACUGCAUCAUACGCUUUCUUGAAGAUCCAACUGAUUCAUUAUCCUUAAUCAGAGAUGCAGACAAACUAGUUGCUUACCGAUCUAUGAAAGAUAAUGAGGAUGCCCCAUUGGUCGUCUUCAUAAAUCAGAGGAUGGAGGAGCAGGACGUCCAUGGGAAGCUGACUCCAAAUUUGAAGGCCUUUGGAAUUCCUGUUGUGGCUAGGCUUUGUAAUGACAUAAAUGGAUCUGAUCUCCGCAAUUUGUAUCUAAAGUGGUUCCAUCCAAUCCAAAAAUCAAUUGAUGAGACCUUAGAAAAUUGUGUUAUGUCUAAGAAAACUGAAGAAGUUGCAGAAAUGGAAGAGGUCACAACUCCUAAUUUAGAUCCAAAUGCAAAUGGGUUAGAUACUCCUUCUGAUGGAGGAAUGGAUUUCUACUUAACAGAUGAAAUGGGAAAGAAUUCCAAGAUAUCAAUGAGUGAGCCGCUAGCAAUAAAUGGAGAGUCAAGGCUCCUGCGUGUGCUUGUAUGUUGGUCAGAACAACAGAUUAAGAAAUAUGACACCCAACUUUCUAUUUCAUUGCCUGAGGUUUUCAAGUCUGGUUUUUUAGCAAAGAGACCUCCAGAAUCAGUUUCUCUAUACAAGUGCCUCGAAGCAUUCAUACAAGAAGAACCUCUCGGACCAGAAGACAUGUGGUACUGUCCUGGCUGUAAAAAACAUCGUCAAGCUAGUAAGAAGUUAGAUCUUUGGAGACUUCCUGAAAUUUUGGUCAUUCAUCUUAAGAGGUUUCAAUAUAGUCGUUACAUGAAAAACAAACUGGAGACGUAUGUUGACUUCCCUGUGGAUAAUCUUGAUUUGUCAGCUUAUAUUACCCAUGGGAAUGGGAAUUCCUACCAUUACACACUUUAUGCUGUUAGUAACCAUUAUGGGAGCAUGGGAGGCGGUCAUUAUACUGCAUUUGUCCAUCAUGGCGGUGAUCAGUGGUAUGAAUUUGAUGAUAGCCGUGUUUAUCCCAUCAGCAAGGAGAAGAUAAAGUCUUCAGCUGCCUAUGUUCUAUUCUACAGAAGAAUUUUUGAAGUGUUAACAUAAUGACACAGAGUAGCAUAUAGUUCAAACAGCCUAUUAAAGCUAGAGACCAUUUAUUAACAUUAUUGCCGCUGGAGUCUUACAAGUAUACAGAGGGUAAACCUUGGCUCAAGGGUAAGGUUAUUGCAUUGUGACCUGGUGGUCAGAGGAUCUAGUUGCGGAAAUAGUCUGCUCAUGAAAUUAAGAUUCUGUACAUCUGAGCCUCUUCAGACCUCACAAUGGGAGGUACAUCGAGCAUUGGGCUGCCCCUUUUCUAUUUAGUCUUACUAGUAUAGUUGACAAGGCAGCAUUCUUUUUUCACGUUUACUCUUUAGAAGUUUUAGACUAAUUGGCGUUUUGGUAGGGAAGAAAUGGAAACUUCAACUUCAGAGGCAAGUACUGAGGAAGACUAACAUAAUUACAACUAAAGAGACAAGGGAUAUAACGGAGAGAUGAAAGCAUAUUGUUUACAGCUGUUUAACCUUGUAAAGAGAAUCUUUGUUCUAAAGAGAGUUGGACUGAAACCUGUGAAUUAAUUUUACUUCAAUUAUAAUUUUUUUGUCCCUAUUUUGUUCUUUUAGUCAAGACUGAACGGAGAUUUUGAAUUCAUUGAUGGAUUGUUAGAACUUCUGUAUUUUAGUCAGGAUGGUCUCAGCAUAUUGAUUUUCUGUUUCCUUUUAUGGUGAUCAAAAUGUGGCGUGUCAGAAAUUCACGUUUGUAAGUUGCAGUCUUGGAAAAGAAAAAUUGUUUAAACCGGCUUCGGUAUUUUCUUGCAAUA